AUCAAAUUAUUCAAAUGUUCUCUUAGAACAUUUUAUUCUGAUUGAUUUUCUAUUUGAUUUUUGUUCUUCCUUCUUUGUCUCUUUGCUUCUUCCCCAUUCAAAGGUUUCCAAUAGCUUAGAGAUUUUCUUUUUAUCUUUUUAAAUCUAUUCUAUGUGAUUUCCAGUGCUUGAUUAUUUGAAGAAUUUAUUUAUUCCUUAUAUUAGUCUCAAAAUUAUAAAAGAUUCAAUAUACAUAUGAUGUUGACGUGAUUCUGGUUCAUAAGAAGAAUGUCAUCAUUUUUUAUAAGCCAUCAAUUCUAUUUUUUGUUUGCUCUAAAGUGAAUAAGAUUGUAUCUAAUAUCAUGUCCUCCAUUUCUUUCAUUUACUUGAAGUAAUCAAAAGGAAACAGUUUUAGUUUUUAAUUGAAACAUCAUCAUCAUCAUCAUCACCAUGUGGCACGAAGCUAGAAAACAGGAGAAAAAGGUUCGAGGGAUGAUAGUCGACUAUAAAAGGCGAGCUGAACGUCGUCGAGAAUUUUAUGAGAAAAUUAGACGAGAUCCUGCUCAGUUUCUUCAGAUUCAUGGAUCAUCAGCAAAGAUUCACAUGGAUUCCAGUAUUUCUACUGCAGCUGAAGGUUGUCUUAUGCCUUGGAGAGGAGAUGAGAAGAAUAUGAUUGACAGAUUUGAUGUUCGAGCUCAUUUGGAUACCAUUGACUCUGAAGAUAUUCCAUCAACAUCUAGACAUGAUAAAAGUGAAAGUGAAAAAGAUUUAGCAUCCGAAAGACAGAUAAAUUACGAAAGAUGGAGAACUCUAAUACAAGAUGAAUUUUUAUCAAUACCUGAAUCUAAGGCAUUACAUCAAAUUUGGUUAGAGGAAAGAUACGGAAUGAAUCAACCUUCUAUGACUGAUUCUCCUACUCAACAAAAUGUCAACAUGAAGAAAAAAUUGGCUGAUAAGAAGGCGAAAAUUGGUUUCAACUAUGAUAAACUAGAGGAUAAAAAUUUACCUGUGAAAAGUGUAAAUGAGUCUAGUUCAUCGGAAGAAGAUUCUGAUUCUGAUGAAGAGUUUGAUACAACUAUUAACAUCGAAACUUUAACCGGAGAACAAACUUGUCGAUUAAACUCUAUUGGAACUAAGUUUGGUUUAGGCUCAGAUGAUUUUGUCAUAUUCGCUGAAGAAGAUCUUGCAGAAGCGGAGAGAAUUCGAAUAGCUAAAGAACUAGAGAAUGAAAAAUCAAUGUUUUCUGGUCGAAAAUCUCGUCGUGAGAGAAGAGCUUUAAAAGAAAGACGAAUGCUUAUCCUACGUGCAAAUAAUCCUGAAGAAAAUAUCAAACCCAUGGCUUCCUUGAAAUCUUCAAACAGUAAUGAGAUAAAAUCUGGAUCUACCUCUGAAUCGUCUGAAUCAGAAGUAGACGAAGCUAAGAUUGAGUUCAUCACGUCUUUUGGUGGAAGUUCAGAUGAAGGUCAAAAUGAGGAAGAGUUGACCAAGAAAGACGGUAAAGGUAAACCAAAUAAAAAGAAAGAUCAUAAGAAUUCAAAAGUUAAUGUUGCCAAAAAAAAUGCUCCAAUCGAAUUUGGACCAAGUCUUCCUCCCGAAAUCGAACAGAAAAUGAAAAACAACAUACCGAAAAUUUCUCCCUCAAGAGAUAUAACUCCUCCACCAAGGCGAAGUCCUAGUGUUCGAAGAAGCCUUUCCCGGUCUCCUGAUUUUGUCUCUCGAAAAUGCGACUUUCGAGCAAGAAAUUUCAAUUCUAACCGAAGUCGAAGUCGUAGCCCAACUUCUAAGAGAUACAUGGGUCGGAUUAGAGAGAGAAGCAGAAAUCGAAGGCGAACUAGAAGCAAAAGUCGUUCUCGAAGUCGAAGUCGAGGUCGGAAUAGAUCCUGUGCUAAGAUUCGCUCUUACAGAAAUACAAGUAGAGAAAGACGAAGUUAUCGUAAAAAAUCUUGGUCUAAAAGUAGAAGCCGAUCUUGUUCUAGAAGUCGAAGUCGAAGUCGAAGUUUCAGCAGAUCAAGACAUGGUUUCCAAUCUCAUAGAAGACGAUACCGUCGUGGAAGAGGUAGUCGAUCUCUUAGUCGAUCUUUCAGCCGAUCUCCUAGAAGAAGAGUCAAUCGAGAAAAAGGAGAUCGUAAUCGAGGAAGAAGUAGAAGCAGAAGCAAAAGCAGAGGUCGUCGUUUCAAAUCAAGGCACAAGAGUCGAAGUUCAAGUCGUCGUCGUAGACAAAAGAAAAGUCCAAGCAGAAAUCGAAGUCUCGUCAGUAAAGGAUCUUCAAGAAGAGAAAAAGAUGAAAAGAAACCAUCUCAACCAAGUUCUCUUAAUUCUGAUAAGACGAAAUUACUCACAGAAAAUUUAUUAUCUGUGGAAAGAAAGUCUCCCAAUUUACCAAUUAGUAUUUCUAAAAGUUCAGAAACAAUUUCGAUAAAACCUGAGCAAAUUCUUCCCCUAGAUAUCCCAAUGCCAAGUGUAACCCUUGACCCCAUAAAAAUUAUAGAUAAAAUCGAAACAGAUGAAAUUACAACUAACCAAGACGAUGGACUCAAUUUACCAGCGAUGGAUAUUAGCCCAAUAAAUGAGCAGUUGGACGACCAGGAUGCUAAAGAUGCCAACGCUAGUAUCCAGUGUGAACGAAAUGAUGAAAAAUCUGAAGCUUCCUCAUCACUAGGAGGACAAAACUUACCUUUGAAAAGUUAUUAUCGACAUGAUUUAGUCGAUGAAAGUAGUGGUCCUGAAUUAGAUGAGGAAGUGGAGGAAGAACCAUCAUCCACUGAGAAACUAAGCCCGAAAGUGGCAAAUAGUGUGAACACUUGUGUUUCCAAAGCAGGAAAUAGUAUCAAAGCGUUGACAGAUAAAAUGAAGAAAAAGACUCAAGCGCUAAUUGAACGACAAUACAAAUUGGAUAAAGCUGCUGAACGUGAGAAAAGAGAGAACCGUGGAUCUGAUAGACGCGAGAGAGACUCGAGACAUUGUCGGUCAAGACGUCGAAGUCGUUCUCGCUCGUAUUCACGAAGUAGCUCUCGAUCAAGAAAGUAUCGCUCCAGGCGACGAUCCUCAUCACGAUCUUCGAGCUCAUCACAUCGAGGUUUCACUCGAAGUUUUUCACGAUCUAAAUCUCGAUCAAGAUCAAGAUCAUCAUCAUCAUCAUCUUCCAGUUCAUACUAAUCAGGUAGUUCCAUGGCUAUACUACCUGUACUCAUUUAGAUAAAUAAAUUUUCAAUUAAAGAAUUGAAAUGUUUUUUA